AGGUAGCUACCUCAUGUUCAAAGAAGGCCGAGUGUGUGGCUUAAGAAGUUGCUAAAUAGCCCAUAUAACCGCUGGGGCUCUUUCACUGUUUACCACACUUCCACAGAAGCAACAGAGACAAAAACAAAGCUAGCACCAAAACAACUGAUGAAGUUAUAAGAGCUUUAAGAGACGUUACACGGGCAGUGAGGCUCAAGUUUAGCAGCGAGAAGAGAAGCAAAUUUGAGAGAGCAGCUAACCUAACGGUUAAAUCGUGAUAAUAUUUCACCUGCAAGGAUGGUUGUGCUGACAAAGAAGCCCAAGACUUUCGAGAUUGAGUUCCGUGAUCCCACCAAGGCUUUUUACCGCAGUGGGGAUAAGGUGGCUGGCAGAGUGGUCUUGGAGGUGUCGGAGGUGACCAUAAUCAAGGCUGUGAGACUGUAUGGAAUCGGCUGCGCCAAAGUGGAGUACCACAAAGGAAAGCAGCGCUGCAGGGAUGAAGUAGAGUACCUGAGAUAUGAAGAUGUUCUUCACCUUGACCAGCAGCCCACAGACUUGGAUGGCUCAGUUACUCUCAGACCUGGAAAUAAGUAUGAAUACAUGUUUGGAUUCGAGCUUCCCCAGUCAGGGCAGUUGGUGUCCUCAUAUAAAGGCAAGUUUGGAUCCAUUCAGUAUUAUGUCAAAGCAGUGAUGGAGCGGCCCUCCCAGUCAGAUGUGGAGAGCAAGAAGUACUUUCAAGUGGAGGAGCCAGUUGAUGUUAACACGCUCGAGCUCUCGUCUCCAGCCACUGGUGCGAAGGAGAAGAGGCUGACCUGCAUGUUCAUUCCUGAUGGCAGUGUAUCCAUCACAGCAAAGAUCAACCGCAAGGGCUUCUGCGAAGGAGAGGACAUCUGCAUCAAUGCCAAAUUUGAAAACACCUGCUCUCGCAUCAUCAUUCCCAAAGCUGCCAUCAUAGGUACACACACGUACCUGGCCAACGGCCGCAAAAAGGUGUUCCGAGAGAAGAUCUCUGCUGUCAGGGGUGAUCAUAUCAUCUCUGGCAUGUGUGACGUGUGGCAGCGCAAGAGCAUUCGUGUGCCCAAACUGAAACCCACUGUCCUUGGCUGCAACAUCAUCCACCUGGACUACACUCUGAUGAUUUAUGUGCACAUCCCGGGCAGUGAGAAGCUGAUCUUGGAGCUUCCCCUGGUCAUUGGGACCAUCCCCUACAAUGGCCUCGACAGCCGCACCAGUAGCAUGUGCAGCCAGGAGUGCAGUGCGGCCUCCAGCAGUGUGGUAUCCAUGCCCUCUGCACCUCCAAGUUACAGCGAGAUCCCCCGGCAUGGCCGCCUGGACAGCCCCCUCACCCCACUCCUGGAUGACUAUGAUGAAGAUGACUGCCCCAUCUUCAUGAAUGUUGGAGAAUACUAUCACACACCCCCUCCUGCCUAUACUGAGGUGGACGAGGACUGCAAUGACAGUGGCAUUAACGUUCAGUUGUGCUAAACAGCUGCAGUUGCAAGAACUUUAGAAGGAGAUGAUGAGACCUGAAGCCAGACUGCAAAAAUGUUUUCUACUUUAUCAUCAGAUGGGCAGAGAUCUAUGUACUGGGAAGUGCUUUGGUGUUACCAGUGAAUGUUGUCACACAUCACAGUUUGUCAGGCUAUAAACGAAAAACAGAGGAUGCUUUCACAUUUAGGGGAAUUAGCCCCUUUCAGAACAACAUUAGACUGAAUACACAGUCUGUUUUCUUUCUUAUAUCUGGGGUAUCCUCAGUGUUAGAGAUCUGAGAGUUUUUCAGAUAGAAGUUGACCUUUGCCAUAUUGGUGUAAUGUUAAGCCUGCCUUUAUAGUCAUUCCAGAUCAGAAUGUAAAAGAAUGAAAGGAGAAUGUAGUACAUUUUCAGUUUAACUUGCCAGAUUAGAUUUAAAGGACAGCUUUUGCACUUUCUCACUUUAGCAUACAACUUUGUAUCAGAGUAAAUGGUUUGUUUUGGUUUUUGUUUGUUGUGAAAAUCUAUAACUAAUUAUUCUUUGUGUAUGUGAAACAACAAGUUUAAGUUGUUCUAAUAGUUUGAUUUACUUUCGUUCUAGAAAUUGUAUUUAGUUAUAAUGCACUUGAGCACAGAAUAUCUGAAUUUUUUUGUUUAGUUAUUUGACAGAAUUUGAAAUUGUGAUUAAGAAAUUUUGUAUGUUUUUUUUUAAUUAAACUUUAAGGGCACAUUGUAAGUUCAUAAAUAAAACUGAACAAAACAUUCU